CCGCGUUCGAAGCAAGGUCGCGUCAAUUCACCACGGAAAAACCUCGAAAAUAUACUUAAUUCAUAAUAAAGAAACGUUUUUAGCAGGCACUGGAUUUUUCUGAGGUCUACAAAAAAAAAAGUGUAGAUUCCCCUGAAAAUGAUUGUCUGCAUUAGCUAGAGAUUCAUAAGUUUUUUUGCCUACAAAAAUUGGCAAUAAUAAGUCAGAAUUUGGCAUUUAUAUGGCACAAUAAAAAUGAAUAAGUAAUGAGGAUUCUUAUGAUGCCUGAAACAUUGAAUAAACAGCUGUGAAAAAUCUAACCAUUUGACAUCAAUCUGAAAAUGAGCACAAGGCUUGACAGACUUUUCCUGCUUUUGGAUUCUGGAUCAACACCUCUGAUUCGGAAAUCUGCGGCAGAACAACUUGGUGACGUUGUUCGGCUUCAUCCUCAUGAGCUGAACAACCUUCUCAUUAAGACUCAUGGAUUUCUUCGAAGCUCUUGUUGGGAGACAAGGGUAGCUGCUGGACAAGCAGUUGAUGCAAUUGCCAGAAAUGUGCCUCAGUGGGAGCCCAGAGGAGCUCCAAAAUCAGAGUCCAGUUUAGCCAGUUACAUUGGUGCUGGGACAGUUUUGUUCUCACAGUUUGAUAUCAAACGAGUUUUAGAAUGUGGAGCUUCUCUGUUAGGAUCUGAAGGAGAUCAGUAUGACUUAGGCAAAUCAUUAAUAGAGAUGGAAGACAAAGAGCAAUUGCUGCAACAACGUCAACUUUUAAAUAAGCGCCUUGGACUAGACAUUACUGGCAGUCUAGGUAUUGAUACUAGUAAUCUGUUUAAUGACGAAGAUUUACGUAUGAAUGUUGAGACAUCUUUGCCAGGGUCGAACAAUAACUCACAGCCUGUUGUUGAAAUCCUGAAGCAGCAGUUGGGCAAUAAAACUCACUUGAGCUCCCGUGAAAGAAAUGUAGCCAAGAGGAAAGCCAGAACCUUGUCAAAACAACUAUCUAGUAAUAAUAAUGGAUCAGAAGAUUCGUGUCCACUUAAGCGUAUCAAACGUGAGAGAUCAUCUGGAUCUGUUGACUCUAGUGAUUCCUCCUCUCUGUCUGAAGAGUUUGAAGACUGGCCAUUCCAGAACUUCUGUGAAGCUCUGAUGAAUGACUUGUUCCAUAGCUCAUGGGAGGUAAGACAUGGAGCUGCCUCUGGUAUAAGGGAGGUCAUCAAGCUGCAUGGCAGGGGAGCAGGGAAGGCUAUAGACAUUCCAAGCAAUCAGCUCCGGUCGGUAAAUCAAGCCUGGCUGUCAGAUUUAGCACUACGCUUGCUUUGUGUUUUAGCAUUGGACAAGUUUGGUGACUUUGUUUCAGAUGAAGUGGUUGCACCUGUGAGAGAAACUUGUGCUCAAGCCCUUGGCACUGUCCUCAAGUACAUGGAAGAGCCUUCAGUUCUUGCUGUUGUGAAUGUCUCCUUGCAAAUGCUCACACAAGACCAGUGGGAAGUCAGGCAUGGAGCUCUUCUUAGCUUGAAGUAUAUAUUGGCUGUUAGACAGGACCUGACAGCCCAGCUGUUGCCCAUGGUGUUGUUUGCUAUCUACAAUGGCCUUAGAGACCCUGAUGAUGACGUCAGAGCAGUUGCUGCUGCUGCCUUAAUCCCAGUGACAGAUUCUUUAGUUCAGUGUGUCCCUGACCAGUUACCCAACAUACUGAGUUGUCUAUGGGACACAUUGUCAGACUUGGAUGAUCUCACUGCCUCAACCAACAGCAUCAUGACACUCCUAGCUAAACUCAUGUCACAUUCUAUUACUAAAUCUUCAACUUUUAUGACAGUUUCACUGACAGAGUUAACCCCUCGUCUGUGGCCUUUCUUAAGGCACAAUAUUGUGUCAGUACGACGUGCAGCUUUAGAGACGUUUCACACACUGCUCGGCUUACACGAUGGAGAGAGAACCUGCUUAUGGCUCAUCCCUAUCUACCAAGAUGCAGUUCGUCACAUCUACCAGCGCAGCAUCCUUGAGGACAGGGCGGACAUGUUGCCCCUUAUUGUGAAGGUGUGGACAUCCCUGCUACAGUGUGCCAACAUGGAACACCUGUAUGCUCUGUCUGUCCCCUGGCUGGGGGUGUGGCUGGCUUUUCUCAUGCAGCCCCCAAGGAUAGCUUAUGAUCCAAGUCUUCUCAUUGAAUCUAAGCAUAAGCCUAGGGAAACUUCCACAACAAAAGUAAAAUAUCAGGGUGAAGUAAAGCAUGCUGUCCAAGACUACAAGAACUUUAUUGGUGGGUGUGAUGCUUCCAUAGGCUGCACAUCAGAAACAGAUGCAUCAAUUUAUAGGGCUCGCAUUUGUGGUGCAAGGCUAUUUGGAAUGCUGGCCACCCAUUUGUGCAGCCCAAAACUGAUUAUACCAUUAGGGCAGGAGCCACCAACUUUAGUGUUGGAGAAAUUGUUUCUGUUCCACCUGAAUGGAAAGUCAGCUGUCCAGAGAUUUGUUGUUGGGCAGGCCAUCUAUUUCUGGGCACUUCAGAGCAAGCCAUGUCAGUGUCCCCCAGAAGUUGUUAAACAGCUGAUGAGCUGCCUCUGUGAUUUGAUCUACUACGAUGAGAUCGCCAUCGCUUUCACCCGCAUGCAGAAUGACUGCCAGGAUUUCCUGGCCUCACUGAAACAGAAUGGUGUCAAUUUGGAUGAGACAUACCCACCACGGCAACUACUUACCCUCGAGGCAGCACAGACCCUCACCUCAACAACGUACAAGCAGGUCAGGCCUCUGCUCAAACCUCAGGUCAUGGCAAGAUUUGAUGAGCGCCAGAAACAGCUUAGUACAAUGGUCACUCUCACAUCUCAGGACCAGCAGACAUACAGUGUCAGAGUUUUAUGUAGCUUAGCCAUGGCUGUAGUAACAUUGGAUGCAUUACCUGAGAAGUUGAACCCUGUAGUUCGGCCCUUGAUGGAUGUCAUAAAAAAAGAGGAGAAUGAAUUAUUACAGGAGGAAGCUGCCAGUUGUUUGGCUGAGCUCAUCAGGGCUUGCAUCAAUAGAGAUCCCAGCCCUAACUCCAAAAUAGUGAAAAACCUCUGCAACUUCCUCUGUGUGGACCCCACUGUAACCCCCAAUGUCACCAACCCAGCACCAACCAUCUUGUCUCAUGGUGCUGAAGCUAGUAACUUGGAGAUAACUUGUACAAUGUCAAAGGGAAUACUCACUCUCUCUAAUCUACAAAAGGUGAAUGAGCAGAGUAUUAGGAGAAGAAUGCGCAAGACAUCAAAUUUACUUAAAGGUGAUGCGGCUGCUGUCAGCUUAGAGGCUGAACUCUCACAGGAGAGGACUGAACAGUUAGAGCAACAGAAACAACUGACAACACAGAGACAAGGGGCUGAAGCAGCAUUGACUACCCUGUGUAAGACCUUUAACGAAACACUGCCAUCCCAGUUGCCUUCUUUAUGGAGUGUGUGUGUGGAUACAUUUAAAGUUGUUGAGAAUACACAAAAAGAAAAAACAGAAGAAUCUAAUGGUGUAGAUGUACCUUCAACACAAGAGUUUGUAAAUAACCUUCAGACCAUUGAAUGUAUUCUUCCUUCUCUACAUGAAGAGCUACUGCCUUCUCUUCUAGAUGAGUUGGAUAAAAUGUUGAUUCACCUGUCUCACAAUUCCACUGCUGUCCGUCACAUGAUCUCACGGGUGAUUGCAGCACUCUGCCAGCGCAGCACUCUUAAAGUUAUGCAUUUUAUCAUUGACCACGUGUUGCCUCUGCUAGGGGCUACUGACGAUGAGAUGAAAAGAGAAGGGGGGACAGAAGUCAUAGCCAAUAUAUUAGAAUCUCUGGGCAUAGAAUCAUUGCCUUAUGUUGUCCUGCUUGUGAUUCCUAUCCUAGGCCGCAUGUCUGACCAAACACCAUCUGUGCGUCUUAUGGCCACACAUUGUUUUGCUACACUCAUUCGUCUGAUGCCUCUUGAGGCUGGGAUCCCUGAUCCCCCAUCAACUGAAUCGUGGCUUGUAGAUCGCAAAGAACGUGAAAGAAAAUUCCUUGAGCAGCUCUUUGAUAUGUCUAAAUUAGAGAAUUACAAGAUCACAGUGCCUGUCAAUGCUGAGCUUAGAAAGUACCAACAGGAUGGUGUCAACUGGUUAGGGUUUCUCAACAAAUACAAGCUUCAUGGUAUCUUGUGUGAUGACAUGGGUUUAGGGAAAACUCUACAGUCUAUAUGUGUCAUGGCCACUGACCAUCUGGAGAGGGAAAACAGGCACAAGGAAUCCCAAGACCCAGACUCAGCUCCCCUACCCUCCAUUGUUGUCUGUCCACCUACCCUGGUUGGUCACUGGGUGUACGAGGUCAACAAAUUUGUUGACCCUGUUUACCUCAACCCACUCAUGUAUGUUGGUCCACCAGCCGAGCGAAACAGGUUACAAAAGCGAGUGCCAAAACAUAACUUAAUUGUUGCUUCUUAUGACGUCGUAAGGAAUGACAUUGAUUUCUUUAGCUCCUUGCGCUGGAACUACUGUGUGCUUGAUGAAGGCCAUAUUAUUAGAAAUGGAAAAACAAAGUUAGCCAAGGCAACCAAACAACUGAUCUGCAACCAUAGGUUGAUACUCUCUGGCACUCCUAUUCAAAACAAUGUGCUUGACCUCUGGUCACUCUUUGACUUCCUCAUGCCUGGUUUUCUUGGCACCGAGAAGCAAUUUCAAGCCAAGUAUGGGAAACCCAUCCUACAGAGCAGAGAUGGGAAGAGUUCCAUUAAGGAACAAGAAGCUGGUGCCUUAGCUAUGGAAUCCCUUCACCGCCAAGUUCUGCCAUUUAUUCUCCGUCGGCUCAAGGAAGAUGUCUUACAAGAUCUACCCCCUAAGAUCAUUCAAGAUUACUACUGUGAUCUUAGUCCACUACAGAUUGAACUGUAUGAAGACUUUGCCAAGUCUAGAGCCAAGCGUAAUGUGGAGGAGACAGUUGCGGGUAGUGAGGACAGCAAGGACAAGCGCGGAUCCAACCAAGGGACAACUCACAUUUUCCAGGCCCUGCAGUACCUGCGUAAAGUGUGCAACCAUCCUGCGCUGGUUGUCAACCAGUCCCACCCUCGCUACAAGCAGAUCAUGGCCAACCUGCAGCAACAGAAUACAAAUCUUCAUGAUCUCUCACAUGCUCCCAAGCUCAAUGCUUUAAAACAACUGCUGAAUGACUGUGGUAUUGGUCUGACCAAUAGCACCAGUGUAACCCAGGGUUCCCCAGCAGGAGUGGACAGUGUGCCAGUGGUCAACCAACACAGGGUCCUGCUCUUCUUCCAGCUGAAGAGUCUCUUGGACAUUGUGGAAAAAGAUUUGCUCAAGGCCCAGAUGCCAAGUGUAACAUUCCUGAGACUUGAUGGCAGUGUGCCUGCAGGCUCCAGACAUGACAUAGUGCAUAGAUUUAACAAUGAUCCCUCCAUUGACCUGCUGUUGCUAACUACACAUGUUGGAGGCCUGGGUCUCAAUCUGACUGGUGCUGAUACUGUGGUCUUUGUGGAGCAUGACUGGAACCCAAUGAAAGAUUUACAGGCCAUGGACCGUGCCCAUCGUAUUGGCCAGAAAAAAGUUGUUAAUGUUUACAGGCUUGUAGCUAGAGGGACCCUUGAAGAAAAAAUUAUGGGGCUGCAGAAGUUUAAGAUGGCUGUAGCCAACACUGUGAUCACCCAAGAGAACUCCAGCCUCCAGACCAUGGGCACUGACCAGCUGCUGGACCUCUUCGUCCUGGACGACAACAAGAAGGGCAAAGAGGCAACAUCUGCUGACCAGGAGAAAAAUGCUGGCAAAGCUCCCAAAAAGGAAAAUGUCAAGGCCAUUCUAGAAGGGUUGGAGGAGUUGUGGGAUGAGUCAUUGUAUGAACAAGAAUACAAUAUGGAGUCUUUCAUGAAGUCUUUAGGGAACUAAAGGCCUGGGCACUGUAGUUUUUUAAUUACCUGAUUUUAAAUGUUUUUAGUUAUAUUAUCUUAGUUUUAUAAACAAAAAAUAUUUCAAUCCUAAGCUAAACUUGGAUUAAUUUAACAAAAAGUUAUUCUGUCAAUGUUAUAAUUUUUGGCUACUUUACUUACCACAAUCCUAAGCUAAAAGAAUGGGUAGUUACAUUUUGUUACUUAGUCAAUGUUACAUUUUUUAUGACAAUUCAUAGAUUUAUAGCUUCCUUGUUAUAAGAACUUAAAUAACAUUUGGGUUGUAAUAGGUAUAGCAAUGCAUUAUUUUGUUAUAGGUUGUAGGUGUGAUUCAUGGUUGCUAAACCGAAAAGUCUCGAGUUCGAACCCUCGGGCAGAUGAGGCUCGUUAGCUGGGGACAGCCACUUUUCUAGGAGAGACAACUCCAAAAUUAAACUACUGCUGCCUUGUAGUUUGUGCUUGGUUGGACAAAGGCUAUGGAAGCAAAUCCAAAAAGAAAAGCAGGCUGAAAUCGGAGUCAAUGGCCUCAAUGGCGCAUAACCAGUUGACACGUAACGCUUAAUUGUGUUGGAGGCGUGGUCGAGUUGGCAAAAAGCUCAUGGUUGAUAAAUUCGAACAAAGUCUCGAGUUCAAACCCACUGGCAGAUAAAUCUCGAUCCCCUUCAACACUAAUAAUUAAGAACGAAGAAGAAGAAAAAGAAGACUAGGUGUGAUAUCAAUGAAAACCACUGUCAAAAUUCUAGAUCUUAAGACACGCUCAACUUUUCUAUUUGUCCCCAUGGUCCUCUCUGAUUAGAAGCACAUGUCUAACAGCUGUAGCUGCCAUUUACUUUUGGACUGUAAUAUUUUGUACUACAAAUCUUUAUCAAAACAUUUAGUAAUGUCAGUGUAGCUUGUACAGAGAAGUGUUUUAACACAAGCUUUGAGCCAUAUAUUUGUGAUAAAAAAUCUGUUUUUCUUACAACUUGGAGGUACUCAAUUGCUAGAGCUGCUGUCAAUGGAAAAGAACUUGUAUUUUUAAUCAAUAUGUGGUACUAUGAAUUUUGUGCACCAGAAUAAUUUUGUAUGAAAGUUUCUACUUUAAACAAACUACGGUUGUAUGUUUCUAUUUAAAACUAACUGCAGUUGCAUGAUCAGUGUUAAAUUUUUUUUUUUAUCAAAUGUUCAUGUUUCUGGUUUUUGUGCAGUUUUACAUGCAGUGUACUUAUGAUAAAAUUUGUCUUUCUGGUUCUGUUAUUUUUUUCUAUCACUUCUCUUCCAUCCUCACUAUUUGAUCUACUUUAAUCUGUUUGAAAUUUGCAUGCCAUUUUUAUUCCUAUCCAAUAUUUGCAAGACUGCCCUAAAUCUCAUAGACCAUGUUUUUUUAGUAAAAAGACUGCAGUGUAUACUGGCUGUAAUGGAAAUGUGUCACUACAUUCACGGGUACUCAUUUUCAGCUGAG